AUGAGUGGCGCCGGGGGCGGUGAAGCGGCGCUUGUAGCAGAUGACAAUUCUGAAGCGGCCAAUCAUGGUGGAGAAUCUCAUGGUGUUAAUGGUGGUUCGGGCAGUACUGGUGAUUCUGGCGAUACUGGUGGUGUUGAUAGCACCGUUGCGUCGAGGUGUGCCGGAGGUGCUGAAGGAAAAGGGGGAAGCAGCGGUAGAGAUGGUGAAGCCGGUGGCAAGGUAAAAACCGAUUCAAACGAAGAAGUUAGAGGUGGCGCUGGCGGACCAGGUGGUAAAGCGGGAGAAGAUGGUAAUGCGGGAGAAGGCGGUAAAGGGGGAGAAGGCGGUAAAGAGGGAGAAGGCGGAAAAGCGGGAGAAGACGGUAAAGGAGGAGACGGCGGUAGAGCGGGAGAAGGUGCUGGCGGUAGUAAAACUGCAAACGAUGGUGAAACUGCAAGCGAUGAUAAAAGAAUUGGUCAUGCGCGAGCUGAAGCAGAAAGUGCCGAGGCUGAUGGAAAAAGUGGACGAGUAUGCAAAAGAGGUGGGGCUGGGGGAGCAGGUGGUAGAGGGGGCGGAGGUGGUGGUGGAGGUGGCGGUGGAGGUAUGGGUGGAGCUGGUGGUGCUCACGGUCGGGAUGCCACAGCUGGUGGCUCUGGAGUUUGA